AUCUCAGUCCGGUUCUCCUCCGUGUCGAACCGGACCAUGUCUCAGUCCCGCAGGCGGUCCUGCUACCUGUGCGACCUGCCCCGGAUGUCCUGGGCCAUGAUCUGGGACUUCACCGAACCGGUCUGCCGGGGCUGCGUUAAUUACGAGGGCACGGACCGGGUCGAGCUCGUCAUCGAGACCGCCCGGAACCUGAAGCGGGCCCACGGCUUCCAGGACGACCGAACCUCCACAGGCGGACCCGCCAAGACCCAGGUGGUUCCGAGCGGGAAGGAGCCGAACCAGCUCCCUGUUGACGGACAGGGUUCGGACCGGUACCCGCACGGAGCCGAGAGCCGGGAUCGGUUCGGGUUAAAAACGGAGGAGGAACCUCCGGACCUGAACCGACAGAGUCCGAACUCUCGGAGCAGGACUAACGGGAGUCCAGUGUCGGUACCGGGGAAGAUGACGGUACCGCCGAACCUGCUGCCUCAGGUGAGCCGAACCUCCUCUCAGAACUCUGUGGACCCGGGAGGGAAAGGACCCACCUCGGACCAGGACCAGGACCAGGACGUGAAGGACCGGCAGAGGAACAGCGAGGUUCUGACCGAGCUCAAUGAAAGCCUCCGGAACCGGCAGGAGGAGUGGGCCAGCAGACCCAAACUGGUCCGGGACACCCUGCUGGUUCUGUCCAAGUCCACCCCGUUUGAUGUCCGGUUCAAGAAGGACCACGGUCUGGUGGGCCGGGUCUUCGCCUUCGAUGCUGUGUCCAAAACCGGACUGGACUUCGAGCUGAGGAUCUUCAUCGAGUACCCGUCCGGUUCUGGUUCCGUGUUCUCCAGCGCCUCCGGGGUGGCCAAGCAGAUGUACCAGGACUGCAUGAAGGACCUGGGCCGGGGUCUGUCCUCCGGGUUCCGGUACCUGGAGUACCAGAUGAAGCUGGGUUCUGGGGACUGGCGCCUGCUGGGGGACCUGUUACCGGAGUCCCUGCGGGUCUUCAGGGACCGGGUCGGAGAGGACCUGCUGCCCCAGCCUCACAUCGACCCGAUGCUGCCCACCCCCCUGGUUCUGCUGGGCCGGGGGUCCGGCAGCACCAGGAUCGGUGGGAGGAAGCGAAAAGUCUCUCUUGAUCCUGAUCUGGACUUGAAACUGACGGAGGACCAGAACCAGAACCAGCAGCAAUGGACAGAGACCCUGAAGCAGUCCUUCCUGGACCAGAACUCAAACCCAGCUGCGCGGGGCGACCAGUCCCCCAGCAAAGACCCGGUCCAUUCCACCACUGACGGCCCCGUGUCUCCUGGUUCUGAUCCGGGACACCCCCAGAGCGUCCCGGACUCCCCCCCGGUCCAGAGCGGACCCCUGAGCUGCACUCUGUGCCACCAGCGCCUGGAGGACACUCACUUUGUCCAGUGUCCGUCGGUUCCGGUCCACAAGUUCUGCUUCCCCUGCUCCAGAGACAGCAUCAAGACCCAGGCGGGUUCUGGGGAGGUGUACUGUCCGAGCGGGUCCAAAUGUCCCCUGCUGGGGUCCAGUGUCCCCUGGGCCUUCAUGCAGGAGGAGAUCAGAACCAUCCUGACCGGAGACGUGAAGAAGGAGCAGGACCCCUGAACCGAACCGGGCCGGACCGGACUGGACCGGGUCUUUUCUGCUGGAGAACCAGACUCUGAACCAGGACCUGGACCCGUUCUUAUGAGCCUCAGAACCYACCCGGUUCUGUUAGUACAGCUGCAGGUUCUUCUGUUAGUUUAAUAA